AAUAACAAUUUCAAAAGGAACAAAUUGAAACACUACAAAAACUACAAGGACCAACUUGACAUUAACUCUAUAAAACUUCACACCAGUCUCGCCGCCGGUGAUUUCAAUUCGCCGGAACCACCGCCACCUUCGCCAUUAACAUGGCUUACUCAGUCUUCAUCUCAAUCAAAAAGACCAAAGUGCCCUUUUCACUAACCUUAUUCUCCAUUGCUAAAAAAUCUUCCCUUUUCUCCACACUAUGCAACAAAAACCAUCACCAAACUAGUACUUCUACUACUCCACCAGUGGCAAAGAAAGUGCCUUUUACAGUUUCUGCACAUGGGGUUACGUGGAAUGAUCCCUACCGUUGGAUGAACAAAACAAACGACCCUGAUUUUAUCAACUACCUUCAGCAAGAAAAUUCAUAUGCUGAGAAUUUCAUGAAGGAUACUGAGGAAAUGCAAAAGGUUUUGUUUCCUGAGAUGAUUAGUAGAAUGCCUUCCAAGAUUUCUACCCCACCUGAAUUAUGGGGUCCUUGGUUAUACUACCAGUACAUUCCAGAAGGGAAGGAAUUUCCCGUAUUAUGUAGGAAAUUGGCUGCUGAGAGCAAAGGUUGGAUGAAGAGCGUAUCCAAUUAUGUGAUUGGAGUUUCUAAGAAGGAACAAGUACUGCUAGACUGGAAUGAAAUUGCGGAAAGAUAUGGAUAUGUUCAUGUGGGUACAUGUCGAGUGUCUCCAGACCACAAUUAUCUUGCUUACACAGUUGAUGUUACUGGUAGUGAGCAGUUUGUGCUUCAGAUUAAAGAACUUCGGAAUGACCGUGUUCUGCCAACCCUAGAAGUUGAAGGGGUUGUUAGCCUGGAAUGGGCUCAAGAUUCUUGUACUUUCUUCUAUACAUUAUCCGACCAGAACCAACGUCCUUACAGGGUACAUUGCGUAAAACUGGGAUCAGAUUCUGUGCAUGAUGUCCCAUUGUUUGUAGAAAAUGAUUCCAGUUUCUGUGUGGACAUAGCAAGUACAAAGGAUGGAAAGUUUAUUACUGUGAAUUCUAAUUCAAGAACUUCAUCUGAGGUUUAUGUCAUCAAUGCAGCCAAUCUGCAGACUGGAAUUCAAAGAUUUUGUAAGCGUGUGUCUGGUGUACAAUAUUUUCUUGAACAUCAUCAUGGAUUUUUCUAUGUUCUCACAAAUUCUCAUAAUGUUGGUGAGGAAUCACCUUCUAGUGGAGAGUAUUAUUUGGCUAGAUGCCCUGUUGAGAACUUGCAGUCAACAUGUUUGCAGAAUAUUAUAGUACCCAGUGGAGACAUUUUCAUCCAAGAUAUGGACAUGUUUAAUGAACAUUUGGUGCUUUUUCUCAACAAAGAGGGUUCCUCAUCGAUAUGUUCUGUUGAUAUGCGAACGAUCAUCAAUUGUGAGGAACAAAUGAAGAUUGAUGAACUUAACCCAUGGUUCUUUCCUCUUCCCUCUGAUAUGUGUGCAAUAACUCCAGGAUCAAAUCAUGAUUUCACACGAUCUGUAUAUCGCGCUGUUGUUUCUUCCCCAGUGAUGCCUGAUGUUAUUGUUGACUAUGAUAUGUCAAGAAGAAUGUUCUCUGUCAUUCAUCAAGAAGAAGUAAUUGAUGUCUCCCACGAUACUAAGUGCCACUCAAACAAUGAAGAGAGAAGCAGAAAUGAGCUUCUCGGCAUCCCUUUAAAGAAGGAAAGAUACAUUCAGAUUAAUGAAGUACAGAGAUGGAGUGACUUUGCUGAGAUUUAUUCCUGUGAAGAAAAGGAAGUGAUAUCGCAUGAUGGUGCAAGGAUUCCUAUAACUAUUCUGUUCUCUCGUAAAGCACAUAAGAAGGAUCAGUCUCCUGGGAUUCUACAUGGAUAUGGAGCAUAUGGUGAAGUUUUAGACAAAAGCUGGUGUGGGGACCGCCUGAGCUUACUUGAUCGUGGUUGGCUGAUUGCAUUUGCUGAUGUAAGGGGUGGUGGUGGUCCAGAUCCUUCGUGGCACAAAUCUGGGAGUGGAAUGAGCAAGUUGAACUCUAUAAAUGAUUUCAUAUCAUGCGGAGAAUACCUUGUCAGUGAGGGUUAUGUCCACAAACAUCAGCUGGGAGCUAUUGGUGUAAGUGCUGGAAGUCUUCUUGUUGCGGCAGCAAUUAACAUGCACCCUGAACUCUUUCGAGCUGCAAUUCUGAAGGUUCCUUUUCUUGAUGUGUGCAGUAGCUUGUUGGAUCCCACCUUGCCUCUCACUGUUUUAGACUACGAAGAAUUCGGCAAUCCUCAACUACGGGCCCACUUUGACUAUAUUUUGAAGUAUUCUCCUUAUGACAAUAUUCCUGAAGGAGUUUGUUGUCCGCCAAUGCUUGUGAAAGCUUCAUUGAAUGACUCCAGAGUUGGCGUUUGGGAAGCUGCAAAGUGGGUUGCCAAGAUACGAGAUAAAACAUGCACUAGGUGUUCCUCUGCGGUCAUACUUCAGACAAACAUGAGUGGAGGACAUUUUGGUGAAGGUGGUCGUUUUGGCCAAUGCGAGGAAGCAGCUUAUGAAUACGCUUUUCUGAUGAAAGUCCUUGGGAAAUCUUGAACCAAAAUGUGCAGCUUCUGGAUUUUGAUGAUGGCGGGUUGGUCUAGUGCUGUUCUCCUAAUGACAGAGGGGCUAGCUGGAAAAUGUUGGCCAGCUGAAGCUCUAAAUAAACCAAAUGCACUCGGAAACUCCUGCUGUUGCAGAAUGGCGUGACUCGGAGAAAAAGAGCUGGAGACGCCAGAGAUUGACUGCUGCCAUUGUCGAGUUUAAGAGGGAUCUAGAUUUGCUGUUCAAAGUCUUAACGCACACCGUGGUUACAAGUCAAUGUUGAAAUUGACUCUGAAGAAGUACCUUAUGUUGCAAGUCAUAAGUCAUAACCAUGCAAGUCUUUGGACCUGUAAGUUCAAUAAUACAUCAGGGCAGGGGCAGAUCUACCGUAUAGAGAGGAGAAGUUUGGAAUUCUUUCACCCCCAAAAGAAAGGAUUUAUCAUUUCAAUGAGGUGAGUAAAAUCCAAACUGCAUUGUGUGGAAAGCUGGUUUUGUUUUGGAAUAAAGGCUAUUCGGUAUACGAUGAGGUAAAUAAGGUUUCUAUGGAUUUUAACUUUAAUCCCAAAUUGGAGAAGGUUGCCUUGUUUGAAGCGGAAAGGAUUGGCAACACAAGGUUUGUAGAUGUUUUAGCAACAGGGAGCCUUAACUUUAUUAAUGCCCCAGUUUCCUUGGUGUUCCCCAAUCAUUUUAGGUUAAGUUAUGUUAGCAGUUUUGUUGAGAACAUUAUUCCAUUAACAUUUAUUGAGGUUUAGUUUGAAUUUUCUAGUUUUGAACUAAACAUUGCUAGGUAGGUUAGGAGGUAGUUGAAUAUUUUUCUACUUCGUUCCGGUGCACCGGGCCUUAUUUACUGGUUAUUAUUAUUGCAUA